CCUUGUCAAAAUAGCGAAGGCCCAGAAAGCAGCAGCAGGGCCAGCACCCAGCAGCGUAGCGCCUUCGCCAGGAGCCAUCAGCCAUGCACGGCCUUCUCCCCAUCCUCCUCCUCUGCUCGUCUCUCCUCGCAACCACACCCACCGCCGGCAGUCCAACCGCGGAAUCCUGCCCGAGCGACACGAACUACACGCGCGGCAGCGCGUUCCAGGCCAACCUCGACGCCCUCCUCUCAUCACUCCCCGCGACCGCCGCCGCCGCGUCCACAGGGUUUGCCACGAACAGCACCGGAACCUCGACCGACGACCAGGCGGCGUACGGCCUCGCGCAGUGCCGCGCCGACGUCAUCGGCACGUCGAGCUGCAGCACGUGCCUCAAUGGCACGGCGCAGGACGUGGCCGCCGGCAAGUGCGCAGGCCAGAAGAAGGCCGUGCUCGUCUACGACAACUGCCUGCUGCGGCUCUCCGACGAGAGGUUCUUCGGCGCCGUCGACAUGUCAGUGGUGAAUUACCUGUUGAACACGCAGAACGCGACGCAGCCGGAGCAGUUCGCGACGCAGCUCGGCGCGCUGAUGAACAACAUCACGAGGAAGGCGGCGCUCGAGUCCCCGCGGAUGUUCGCCGUCGGCUCAGCCGCGGUGACGCCCUUCGUGAACAUCUACGGGAUGGCGCAGUGCACCCGCGACCUCACCGCCGACGACUGCAACCGCUGUCUCGUGAACGCCGUCUCGUCGAUCCCGAGCUGCUGCAGCGGGAAGAAGGGUGGCCAGCUCAUCUACACCAGCUGCUCCAUCCGGUUCGAGGUGGAGCCGUUCUACAGCAUCCAGGCCGCUGAGGCGGCGAUGUCGCCGGCGCCGGCCCCGGGAGGCGGGCUCGUCAACGGAAGCGACCACUCCGGCACAGGAAGCAACGACGGGAGUAAUCACACGGUCAGGACAGCUCUUCUCGUGUCCAUCCCUGUCGCUGUUGCGCUGCUCGUGCUGCUGCUAGUUGUUGCCUAUCUCUGCAACAGGAACAGAAAACCACACAAGCAUGUUCAGAUUGCAAGCAUCAGACAUGAAGAUGAAGAAGAAAUGAGAAGCUCAGAGUCUCUCCUGUAUGAUUUGAGCACCCUACGAGCUGCCACUGACAACUUCUCAGAAGAAAACAAGCUCGGCGAAGGCGGGUUUGGGCCAGUAUACAAAGGCACGCUACAAAAUGGACAGGAGAUUGCAGUGAAGAGGUUGUCUGCAACAUCGCAGCAAGGACAGGUGGAGAUGAAGAACGAGGUCUUUCUGCUGGCGAAGCUCCAGCACAAGAACUUGGUGCGCCUUCUCGGGUGCUGCAUCGAGGAACACGAGAGGCUCCUCGUCUACGAGUUCCUCACCAACAACAGCCUCGACAAGAUCCUCUUUGAUCCUGCACGGCAGGAGGAGCUAGGCUGGGGACUGAGGCACAAGAUCAUCGAGGGGAUCAGCCGAGGUCUCCUCUACCUCCAUGAGGACUCGAGGCUUACCAUCAUCCACCGGGAUCUCAAGGCCAGCAACAUCUUGCUGGACGCGAACAUGAACCCCAAGAUCUCCGACUUCGGCCUGGCCAAGCUAUUCAGCAUCGACUCCAGUGUAGGAAACACCAGCCGCAUUGCUGGAACAUACGGGUACAUGUCGCCGGAGUACGCCCUGCACGGCAUCUUCUCGGCCAAAUCGGACGUCUUUAGCUACGGUGUCCUUAUCCUCGAGAUCGUCACCGGACGACGCAACACGUACACGCAUGCUUCCGGACCCUCUGAAGAUCUUCUUACCUAUGUUUGGAAGCAGUGGAGCCGCGGGAGCGUGCAGCCGCUGGUGGAGGGGUGCCCCGACGAGGGGCGCCGGCCGCAGGAGAUGCUGAGGUGCAUCCACAUCGGUUUGCUCUGUGUCCAGGAGGACCCGCACCUCCGCCCCAGCAUGGCAUCAGUCGUCGUCAUGCUCAAUAGCCGAUCCAUCACGCUGCCGGCGCCCGCCGCGCCAGCCUUCGUGAUGCCAGGCCAUGGUCUCACGGUGACCGCGGACGGGGUGCCUGUGACGGGAACGGAUCGCCAGGGUGCGCGGGCGGUGCCAGCAGCAGCUCGGGGACAGUCCAUGUCCAUCAAUGGAGCCUCCUUUACUGACCUGGAGCCGCGUUGAUGGAUCAUCAGCAACAUUAUUAUGAACGACGUCGAUUGAUCAAUGAUCUUGUAUGUUUCUGUUUAAUGUUUUUUUGGGUUUCUUUCAUUGCUUUUUUUUUUGGUGGUGGUGGUGGGGAGUUUGGUUCUGAAAUACAUGAAUAUUAACUUUUUAAAUAUGUCUGAUUUGGAUGUCUUUAUUCCGUAUCAAAAUUCAAAAGUAAG